CUUCAGAAGGAGGGUUGGCAGCAGGAAGAGGAAGUUGCCUAGCAACAGCUACAGCCAGUGGGCCAAUCGCAGUGAGGCGGGGGAGGAACUCGGAGGGGAGGAGCCUUCUGGGAUGCUGGAGGACCAAGAAGCUACGGAUCACACCCACCUGACAACAGACUCCUCCCACUUCCUGUCAGACUCCUCCCACCUCCACUCCUCCAUCUCCUCGUAUUUUGGAGUGGCGGGCAGGCUGACCAACGGGGAGAGGUACCAGGUGUUGGCUCGCCGUGUCACUCCUCAGGGAACGGUGCAGUACCUGUUGGAGUGGGAGGGGACGACUCCUUAUUAGGACGUUUAGAUGUGACGCUCUGAUUCCUCUUCCUCCUCUCACUUCCUGAUCAGCGUCCAGUCAGAGCUCAGUUACCUCAUGAGUAAUGGAGGCGUAUUAACGUCACCAUGGCAACAGUCAAUGUCACCAGUUUUAAUGUGAGUUAAUGUUUUUAAACCAUAAAAGUUACUGUUGAUUUUCUUUUCUCCAAAACCAAAUCAUUCAUUCUUUUUUUAAUUUCAGUUGCCUAGCAACAGUAUUCUCGCAAUGUAGGGUUAGUGUCCUGUCUGUCCCCACAAACCCAUCUCACAUCUGUCCCCACAAACCCGUCUCACAUCUGUCCCCACAAACCCGUCUCACAUC